AUGGCACUCCCGCCUCGCCCCCGUCAAGCCCGCGUCCUCACCCGUCCUCUAAUCCAACGCGUGCUCCAAUCCGCCUCCAUCAUUAUGCUCGGCACUCUCAAUACUUACUACCUUGAAAUGUCCGACGACAACAUGGUAACAGCCCGAGACACGACCAUGACCUUCACCUGCUUCGUCCUCUUCGACAUGUUCAACGCUCUGACCUGCCGCUCCUCGAGCAAAUCCGUCCUCGCAGGCGAAAUCGGCGUCUUUGACAACAAAAUGUUCAACUAUGCCGUCGCGGGCAGUUUGCUGGGCCAACUCGCUGUCAUUUAUUUCCCACCGCUGCAACGCGUCUUUCAGACCGAGGCGCUGGAUCUUGCCGACUUGGCCCAUUUGGUGGCGGUGGCAAGUUGCGUGUUUUGGGCUGAUGAGGGCAGGAAGUGGUAUUUACGCUGGAAAGGGAGAAGAGGGUAUGGAGCGGGGUAUAGUACUGUUGUAUGA